AUGUCUCGUGCAAAAGUCGGCAUCUUAGUAUCAUUUGUAAUCUGUCUAUGCUGUGUAACCUCGUCUACACCAUGCAACCGACGCCAUGCUCUGCAUUGCACUGCUCCCUGGAAGAAAUGGGGUGGAUCUUGCUACCUCAUCACCCAAAAGCCUCUGACGUACGACGACGCCCGUGAAGCCUGCCGUAGACUGGGAGCCAAGAUGGCAGCGCCGCGCUCAGACCAGGAAAACGACUUCCUGGCAAGCCUGGCCCAAGGCAGUGUGAUUUGGGUGGCUUGCACCGAUCGCAGGCAGGAGGGUGAGUGGGAGUGUGAAGGAUCUCAAGACGGUCAAGGAAUCUACACCAACUGGGGAAAGGGAGAGCCAAAUGACUACGGAGGGCGGGAGGACUGUGUCGUUUUAUGGCCGUUUUACGAUCUGAAUAUAAAGUGGAAUGACGUACAGUGUAAGAUUGCGGCACGGGCGGUUUGCGAACGAUCACCUAUUGGAUCCUGCUUCACCACCAACAACGAAGGGCGGCUGGAAGUUGACUCUUCAUGUCUCUAA